AUGGCUGCGCACAACUCUAGCCGGUUUUGCUACCAAGAUUGCCUGAUUGCUGGCCUUUCAAUCGAUACCCAACUCCAGUUACUGAACAUUAGCAAAUACGUUUUCGGUCCUCUGAAUCUUAUUCUGGCCUUUUCGUCAUUUGUCUUAAAUACGCUUGUUAUCAUAGCUGUUGCACGAACCAAAUCCCUUCAAUAUCCCGCGAUGUUUAUGAUAUGCAGUUUGGCAGUGACUGACACAAUUUUUCCUGUGUAUUUCAUGCACAGAUUCGUAGAAUUAUCCACAUACGAACGCUUCACGUGUCGAAACGUGCAGCCUAGGCCUGUUGAAUCUGCCUUCAGUGCUCUUUGUGUCCAAGCCACACUCGGUAACCUGGCAGUUAUCAGUAGAGAUCGCUAUUUGGCAGUGCGAAGUCCUUGGUGGUAUCGCAAUCACAUGACAAAAUCACGUGCUUUUAAGGUAGUAUGCACACCGUGGUGCAUCAGUGUGGUUAGUGCAGUUGCGAUCUUCUUAUCAGGAACUUUUGGUGGCGUUUACAAACCUUUGGCACAAACUUUAACGCUAGUUCUUUUCGCUAUUUACGUAAUUAUCAUAAUGUUCUGUUAUCUUCGCAUUCAUUUUCGAAAAACUGUUGAAGUAGGAAACCCAAACGACGCUCGUUUGAAAAGGGAAAAACGAUUAACUAACACAGUUGCUGGGAUUCUUUUAAUUUUGGUAUUGACCUACUUCCCAGCGCUUCUUGUCCCAUUUGUUUUGUCUGCGAAAGGACUCUAUAAGAAUUCUCUGCUUUUUAAGCCUUUCUACGCUGUUUUCAUCCAAUUAAAUGGAGUUUUAAAUCCUUUGUUAAACCUCGGUCGUUCUAGAAAUAUGCGCAAAGCUGUUAGAGACUUGUUUAAAUGCUCUUCCCAAGCGCAGCCAUCAUCAGCUGUCAACAACAACAACAACAACAACAACAACAACAACUACAACAAAAACCAUCACAGGCUGUCUCAUACAACAGCGAAACCGCAAUAA